UAAAAUGUCUGUAAUAAAAGGCUUUGGCAAGCAUUAAUUGUUCAGUACUUCGACAAGUCACAACCGACCAACUAACCGUCCAACCGUUCAGGCGGCCAUCCAACACCACCAAUACCAAAACUCCAUUAAAAACACAUCUCGCGAUCCCGCCUCUGGCAAAAAACCCUCGACCGUUAAGAAAACACCUACAUAGUUCGUUGUAAGCGCGUGUGUUUGUGUGCGUGAAGAAGAAAAAAGGAGAACAACAAAAACCAAAAAAAAAACGCAAAAGAAAAAGGAAGUGUCCCAUUUACACUAAACGCAAGAUUGCGCAAUCUCAUUCAAGAUGAAGUUUGCUAUUGUAUUUGUUGUUGUUUGCAUCGCCUGCUCCAUGGCAGCGCCAGCACCACAACAAGAAGUACAGGUUUUGCGUUACGAUUCGGAUGUGGAGCCGGAGGGAUAUAAAUUUCUUGUUGAGACCAGUGAUGGCAAACUGCAUGAAGAGGAGGGAAAAUUGAAGGACGUCGGCACUGAUCACGAAGCGAUUGUUGUACGUGGCUCAUUCUCCUAUGUCGGCGACGAUGGUCAGACUUACACCGUCAAUUACAUUGCCGAUGAGAAUGGUUUCCAACCGGAAGGCGCUCAUUUGCCACGUGUCUAAGUUGAGAGAGUGGUGUUCUAAAUGUGAUGAUCGUUCUUGUGGUACCCCCACAAAGUAAUCCACAUAAAUACUUAACUAAUCCGUAGGAGUACUGAGGAAUUUGAGAGCAAAAAAAAAAAAAACAAACAAACAACAGCAGCAAAACAGCGUUAAGAGAGCGGGCAUAUCCAGCGAUUUUAUACUCAUUGUGUUAACUAGGUUUAAGUAAGGUACAUACAUUCAUACAAGUGCAAGUACAUAGAUAAAACAUAAAAAAAUGAAAGCAAUUGAAAUGCGAGCACAUAGGCAUUUGAAUAAAACUUUGUUGUAGACGUGAAAUACUUAAA